UGGGCCCUCUUUUCCCUCCCUCCCUCCCUCCUCCUCCUUCCUUCAAAAUUAAAUCAAGCGUGCGAUUUGUUCUGUCCACCGCAAGGGGGACAGUUUGUUUGCCGAAUUUGGCAGAUGUUUGUUUCUUGAUCUUUUAUGAAUCACUUCUGCUUGCUAUGGUUGUCUUUGCUGGGGCAACCAAGUAGCCGUGAUGCUGUCUUUGUUGUGCAGGUCGGUAUGAAAGAUGGAAAGAGUCUUGUCGAGAAGUAAAUUUGCUUUGUGUCGCGAGACCAGUAUGCCUUGCCUCCACCACUCGAGAUUCCGGCUUGAUGAAGACAGUAUGGAAGUAAGACAACACGCAUGACUCAGUCUCCUUCUAUAUCCUCACAUUCCAUACCACGUUCCCCCUCCAGCACCGUUAUUCAAAAGUCUACGCACGUAGCUAGCAUCCUCAAAGAUCUAGUAGUUUCUGACCAUAUACUAACAAAACGCACGCUAGAUAUCCCAGUACUCUACGACACAGCCAAAUAUACACCUCUUUCCCAAAGCAGUACUAACUGCGAGGUUCCCGAAUCCCGGAAACAUGGCCUGACUCUUAAAGCACGUAAAGCCGCCCCCCCCCCAAAGAGUAAUGGAACGUCAAACCAAGCCUUUUUCCCCAAGAAAAUCGAUCGUGGGACAUGGCAAAAAGGGCUCAUCUUGCAUUGUGGUUCGGAGGGUGAGCCUAUGGUACUUUUUCUAAUAGCUGCAGUACAUCUUUCGGCCAUUAGGGUAAUGCUUGGGAUAUACGAAUGUCUGCAUGCCGAGGACGAGUAUGAUUCGUAUUCACACUUGCUUACAAAAGAGUCUCUAAGAGUUGGAAAAAGGCAAGAGAACAUGGGAAGUGAAAGUGAUAUUGUCAUCAAGGUCAUAAGAAAGAAACAUCAUAGCCACAACAAAGGUUCUAUACCUUUGCUGUAAGCUUAGCCCCAGCCAACACGAUCCUCGCUGCCAGAAUCGUACAAGCACCCGCCAAAGCCAUGAUGCCUCCAAAGAUCUGGAGACCGGUAUACGCGCCAUCCCAUCGUGUAAUCAGCGCUCCUCCGAUAGGGUUACUGCACAGUGCUGCAAAAGAGAUGAUGGCAAACACCGUUCCA